AUGACGUCUCUCUUCCCACAUCCUCAAUACGCCGAAGACCAACCAUACGCACGCAGCAUCCUCUACUUACAUGUUAUGCGUGCUUCAGCCAUGUCCUUCUCCUUCUUUUCGCUUUUCCAGUUCCCAAUCUCCGUGGUCGCGGCACGUUCUCGCAAAUCACCAGUCGACUACAACGUAGUCUUAUCUCGCACACUCAAGACAGCUGGUCGCGGCCUCGUUCUAGGCACGGCAGCUGGUGCAGUCAUGACGUGGGGGCGCAUGAGAGGCCGACAGGAGGUAGAGUGGAAAGAUAGGUCUUGGAGAAUACUGGAAAACGAUGGCGAAGUGAAGACAGAUUGGGUCACGUUGGGCGCGGCUGCUGGAGGAGCUGUUGGGGCGUUGUUCGCUGCACGGACUGGUACGCUACCUUUAAGUAUGGGCAAUGCCAUGCUUGGAGGAGCUGGUGUUGGUAUGGCUGGUGGAGUACCGUACAUGAUCGCGUCAUUCGCGUUGGGAAGGAAUCCUGCUUAG